UCCCUGCCUCUCUCUCGCUCUCUCUCUCCCUCGUCGUCCACCUAUGUCUCUCUCCCAGCUGAGGGGUGGGGGCUGACGGCCGAUGCCUUUUUCUGUGGAGAGGAUGGAGGAAAGGGGGAAGUAGUAGCUAUUCUUCAGUCGGUUUUCGCACAGCGACUUGAUAAUCAACGACCACUGCCUCAGCGGAGCAUCUUAUGGGAACAAAACGAUUUAAAAUGACCCGGGGAGUGAACAUUGAUCUGCUGCACAAGCAGGACCAUGAUGUGAAUGAGACUUUAAAUCCUGUUUUAUUCUGUAACUGCUGAAGGCAAAGAUGACAGUGUUGAGAAAACUAGAAAAGCUGCAGCCUGGUGAUUUGACUACGGUUCGUUCUGGUUUGGGCCUAUGAACAGUCUGUUCUGCUGUAUUUAGACCAAAGCUGUUAAUAGGAAGAACUGACACCAGACUACAACACAGCAGCCACUCCAGCGAAAGUUUGAAUCCACCUAGAAACCCCAUGGAGCAGGAUGUGGAGAGCCCAGCCAUCGUCAGACAGCCCAAGUUGCCCAAGCAGGCCCGCGAGGACCUGCCCAAACAGCUGGCGGAGACCGACCGGGCCAAGAAGGUCCAGCGCUACGUGCAGAAGGACGGGAAGUGCAACGUCCACCACGGGAACGUGCGGGAGACGUACCGCUACCUGACGGACAUUUUCACCACGCUGGUGGAUCUCAAGUGGAGGUUCAACCUCUUCAUCUUCGUCCUGGUCUACACGGUGACGUGGCUCUUCUUCGGCUUCAUGUGGUGGCUUAUCGCGUACCUGCGAGGUGAUCUGGACCAUAUAGCAGACGGCCACUGGACUCCAUGUGUCAAUAACCUCAACGGGUUUGUAUCGGCGUUCCUGUUCUCCAUUGAGACAGAGACCACUAUUGGCUACGGAUACAGAGUCAUCACAGACAAAUGUCCCGAGGGGAUAGUUCUGCUUUUAGUGCAGUCAGUGCUGGGAUCUAUCGUGAAUGCUUUCAUGGUGGGUUGCAUGUUUGUUAAAAUCUCACAGCCCAAGAAACGAGCUGAGACACUAGUGUUUUCCACCAAUGCCGUCAUCUCCAUGAGAGAUGGGCGCCUGUGCCUGAUGUUCAGAGUUGGAGACCUCAGAAACUCGCACAUUGUGGAGGCUUCAAUCAGAGCCAAGCUUAUCAAGUCUAAGCAGACCAAGGAGGGGGAGUUCAUCCCCUUGAACCAGACGGACAUAAAUGUGGGUUACAACACGGGAGACGACCGGCUCUUCCUCGUGUCGCCCCUCAUCAUCUGCCAUGAGAUCAACCAGAACAGCCCCUUCUGGGAGAUCUCGCAAGCCCACCUGGCCAAGGAGGAGCUGGAAAUUGUUGUGAUCCUGGAGGGGAUGGUCGAGGCCACAGGGAUGACGUGCCAGGCCCGGAGUUCAUACAUCAGCAGCGAGAUCAAGUGGGGCUACCGCUUCACACCGGUCCUGACUCUGGAGGACGGCUUCUACGAGGUGGACUACAACAGUUUCCACGACAUCUACGAAACCAACACUCCCACCUGCAGUGCCAAAGAGCUCGCUGACAUGACCAACCGUGCCCGCUUGCCCCUGACCUGGUCCCUGGCCAGCAAGCUGAGUCAGCAGGGCCUCCCGGAGUCCGAGCAGGAAGGUCAGGAGAGCAAGACCAGCCCGGACGACGAAGGGAAGAGCCAGCAGACCGAGAGGAACGGGGACAUCGCCAACUUGGAGAGUGAGUCCAAAGUGUAGCGAGUGCGGCCGCGUAGGGAGAGACGUUCGAGGUCCGUAUGAGAUUACUGAACUGUCCUGUGCCUCUCCCCCCCUGGAGACGACCACACGAGAACCCGAGGUAGUGAACAAGGAUCUAUCAGCACAGUAGACCAAGUAUCCCUGCACCAAGAACCACUUUUCUCAGUGAGUCACAGUUACCCCAAAAACGACAACUAAACAUCUAGACAUCGCAGGACUGAAAACCCUUGGCGGCCAGUGCAUGUUUCAAAUAUAAUGUGAUGUCCUCCCGAUGAGAUUCCUAUUAUUUUUUCUAUUAAAAUAUUCCUAGGGGCAUUUGCAUAAGUAUUUUUGUAUAUACUAUAAAAUGUUUUUGGUUUUGUUGCGGUGUGAAUACUUGACAGAUGUUUGAUACUAAUUCCUUUAGGUUAGUUCUGUAUAUAUAUAUUCUAUGCCUUACUGUUUGUAUAAAGCUUUCAUUAUUUGUUUUUCAGAAAUAUAUAAGCAUGUAUAAACAUUAUCAGCAAUUCAUUUAUCUUGUAUUGUGUAUAUACUGUACGAUGAUAAUGUAAGAUAAACGUCUCAAUGGAUGCAAACUCUAGUUUAAACCAAUGACAAAUUCUUCCCCAUGAUGUUUGUUUGUUUGAGGCGGUACCGUACAUUUCCUCGAGAAGCCAUGACUUGCUGUUUAAAGCUGAGUGACUUCAGACAAUGGCCCUUUAAAACUGCAUUUUGUCACUUUUGCACAUUGGAGGCCUCUGCUGGAGAAAAGUAGUUCCUAUUUCACUCUCCAGAUAUCCCUCACAUGUCACCUAACAGUAUCGACAAUAAAUAAACAAACAGUAAAUUGCAGAUUAUGACGUUUUCUUCUUUGUGCAUGUAGAAUUUUUUUAAAGCAUUAUUAGAUUGAAAAUAUUUUUAUGGCACAUGAAGUUAGACCCUUUAUUUAAGUUUCAGUAUUUACAUGGUAUAAUACUUGACAAGCCAUUCAAAUCAAAUGCCAUCAGAGGAUUAAAUAAAGGCCUUUUAUGGGAUCUUUAAAAGGUUGAGAGCCAUAUUACAUUUUUCUUUUCAAGUUUGUAAACAAUUCAUUUUUAAUAAACACUAAAGUCCCAUUUA